CUACUUUCCAUCGACAUAACACGAAGCUAGCUCACGCUAACAUUCAGGUCAAAGAGGUGGAAUGCACCCUUAUUCUUAUUCAUGAAAGUGUGAGUGGGAGAUGGACCUGAUAUCUAAAGAAGAAGCUACAACAUUUGUUGAAAAUGUUCUAGGACUCACUGACAUCCAAACGAGACUUAAUCAAGAUAAACUGUCAUUUCUGAACGACAUUAUUUAUGAAUAUCAUUGCAAAGUUCCAUUUCACAACUUGGAUCUAUUGGCGUUACCAGUUUCUGAAAGGAGAAUACCGAAUUUAGCAGAAUUGAAAGACAGAGGUCUUUCGGGCAGAGGCGGUCUUUGCUACCAAAAUAAUACUUUUCUGUAUUUUGUCUUACGAGUUUUAGGUUAUGACAUCACUUUGGCAAAAGGCCAAGUAGAAAUUCCAGUGGAUCACGUGUUGUUAGUAGCACAUGAUGUUGUGACGUCAGGCGACAGUUACCUUAUAGAUGCUGGCGGGGGAUACCCGACAUUGAUUGCAAUACCUUUAGAUUUUCAAGACGAAUCACCAGUGUACACGUUUUCAUUCUGUACCUUCAAAUACGUCCGCAAGGAAGACAGGGAGUUUCAUCGAAUGCACAGUGGAUUAGAAAAAGAUUCAUACAAAGUUGAAAGCGUCCUUAAAAACAGCUGGCAGCACAACUAUAGUUUAAACACCGCUCCUUGCAUUCUGAAAGAUUUCGAGAGCUCGAUGGCCAGACCAUACACAAAUCCAGCUUCAGUCUUUCUCAAUUCCUUCAGAGCUGUUCGUUUUCCGAAAGGCAAGCUUCUGGCUAUUAAGAACAACUCAAUACUGGAAGACAAAGACGACGCAGUUUUUGCAACUGAGGUGAAAGAUUCUGAAGCCCUAAAGAAUGCCUUGUCUGUCUUGUUCCCAAUGCUCAGCAGUCCAAAAGAGCUGAUGUCAUCUGCUCUUGAAAUGUUUGAAACAUUUAAAUGCUAUAAUUAACAGACAUACAUCUAAGAUAUCUUGAUGACGCACUGCUCUUAUCCUGUAGAUGAGUAACCUUGAUCAUUAUGAUGUAGAGAAACAUAAAGUGCCAGCAGAAGAUGGUAUAAAUAUUUUGUAUUCCAACGGACAAAUGAGAAACGAAGCUAUUGAUUAAACGUUAUCCUUACCCAGCUACUUCACCAUACCUCAUCACCUCAUGGUGCACAGAUAUACGGAUGCCAUCAAUACAUAGAUUAAUAUAUAAUACUUAAUGUGAUAUUCAUUUUAAAAACAUAUUGAUUAUUAAUAACUUAAAG